AUGCAUAACAUUAUUAUAUAUCAGCUGGAGGAAUGUAAAGACAAUGAUAAGGUUAUUUGCAACAGACAUGAUAGAAAGCAGAUUUUAGAAAUAUGUUCUCAGUUAUCUGAUGGUUACAUUAAAGAGAGCAGCAUAAAGUCUAUCUUUAGACUUGGUGUAAGAAGUGAUAAGGUUAGACCAGUCAUUGUUAAAUUUUAUGACAAAAGAAAUAGAAAUAUUGUCAGGGAAAACCUUAAGAAAAUUAAAGGAUUGAGCAGUAGUUUGAGGUGCAUUGGAGUUAAUUAUGACCUAAACAAAAAGCAGCGGGAAAAAAGGAAAGAGUUGGUCAUAGAAGCUAAAAAGUUGCAAGCUGAUAGUAACGGGGGAAUUCCAGUUUCUGGUAAAGAGAACUCUUACAAAUAUGAGUUGUAA